UUAUUAAAUAGUUUCAAUUUUUUUCUUAUUAAACCAAGCUAGGUAUAACACAUUUAUACUAUUUUGGCUAAUUUGCAGCUAAUUAACUGACUCAUUGCCACCUUAAGUUGAAGAGAGAUGGAGAGAAAAACUAGGAAAGGGGAAGAAAACCAAAAAACAUUGAGAAAAAGAGAGAAAGAGGCAUAGAGAGAAAAGAUAGAGGAGAGAGAGCCUCUCCCAACUAAUACACUCACAAAUGAGCUUUAAUAAUUACAAUUAUAUAGAUAUAUAAUAAUUAUAUUUCAUAUAAUCGCCAUUGAAGAAAACUUGUUUGUUUCUCUUCAAUGGCUACCUUAUUAUUCCACAUUAAUUCACUAGUUGUAAUUAUAUUGUUGGUCAUUCAAAAUGGGUUAGCCCAGCCGAGUUUCUAUCCUUUGCCCGGACAACUUAGUAGUGGAGAAGGCUUUAGUAGUAAUGGAAACGGUUUAGGCUUCUUCUCAUCACAUUUUCCUUUCUUGCCCAUUGGGGAUGAUCCUCUAGCGCCACCCGGCGGUGAUGGUGGCAGUGACAAUGGCGGUGGUGGCGGCAAUGGUAAUGAUACACCGCCGCCAGGGGAUGAUACAAGUGCUCCGGCUGACGAUACAAAUAAUGGGCAAUUUGACCCGAAUGCGGCCCCGGAUCUUCCAACGAAUUUCAAAGGAAAUUGGAGUAUAGUUUGUAAGAAUAGUGGUGUGUCGGCAAUGCAUAUGAUUGUUCUUCCUAACAAUAAGGUUUUAAUAUAUGAUGCUUCGGCUUUUCAUAUAUCAGACAUAAGAUUAGCAAAUGGUGAAUGUGUUCCUUUCGUAGAUAAGAAAACUAAUAAACAGCUCCAAGAUUGCUGGUCUCAUGGGGUCGAAUUCGAUGUUCUUCGCCAGCGAGGCAAUAAUAUAAGACCUCUUAAGUUAAAGUAUGACCCAUGGUGCUCAUCGGGAGGCCUUACAGCGGACGGUAAAUUGAUAGGAACUGGCGGGUGGGACAAUGGAGUCAAAACAGUUAGAUAUUUCAAACCCUGCGACACUUGUGAUUUCCUUGAAUACCAGAAACCCUUGGCCGACCCAAGAUGGUAUGCAACACAAAUAACGGUCGACGAUGGGAGAUUUCUGGUGGUGGGAGGGAGGCGAGCAUACUCGUACGAGUUCGUACCAGCAAUGGGAGAAUCAAACACUCAAGCCACAUUCCUAGCAAUGCUUGACGAAACCACUGAUUUGGACGAAAACAAUCUCUACCCAUUUGUCUACCUCUCCACCGACGGCAACGUCUUCAUCUUCGCCAACAACCGCUCUAUCCUCCUCGAUCCAAAAACUCACCAAGUCGUUAGAGAGCUGCCCCCACUGCCCGGGGGUGCCCGAAACUACCCGGCAUCAGGCAUGUCAGCGCUCCUUCCCAUUCGCCUCGAUCUCGUCCAAGACAAAAACGACGUCGUUCCAGCUGAAGUCAUUAUAUGCGGAGGAGCCAAACACGAAGCUUACGCUCUCGCUGGUAAAGGCACUUUCAUUCCUGCCUUGGACGAUUGUAACCGCUUGGUUAUAACGGACCCUAACGCCGUUUGGGAAACCGAAACCAUGCCCUCACGGCGUGUUAUGGGAGACAUGUUAAUAUUACCCACCGGUGAUUUAUUGAUUGUCAACGGCGCUCAUUUAGGUACUGCAGCUUGGGAUUUCGCUGAGGAUCCCAAUUUCGUGCCUCUUCUUUACCGGCCUGAUCAACCCGUGGGUAAACGGUUUGAAGAGCUCGAACCGAGCGAUAUCCCCCGGAUGUACCACUCCUCUUCCGCCUUACUGCCCGACGGAAGAGUACUCAUUGGCGGUAGCAACACCAAUGUCGGGUACAAUUAUACUGCAAAGUACCCGACGGAGCUCCGGAUUGAGUCUUUUGCUCCGCCGUACUUGGCAGCGGAGCUGGCAAAACACAGGCCAAAAAUCAUGGAGAAGUCCGCGAAGAGAGCGGCUGUGCUUUCUUACGGACAGAAUUUGGACAUUGAUUUUGUGUUGAAAGGGCCGCGGACUAGCGCGGCCGAGAUCAAGGUGACGAUGUACCCGCCGCCGUUUACGACGCACGGGUACUCGAUGAAUCAGAGGCUGGUUGUUUUGGAAUUGAAAGAUCUCAGCCGUGUUUUGAAGGGGCAGUAUAAGGUUUCUGUAACGGCGCCGGCGACGGCGGUUUUGGCUCCACCGGGUUAUUAUAUUUUGUUUGUAGUUUAUCGCGGAGUUCCCAGUGAGGGAAUUUGGGUGCGGAUUCAGUAAGUAAAUGAUAGAUUGAAAUAUUUCAGGUACUGUUAAUUGUUUCUUUUCUUUAUUUCUUAAUAACUACUAUUGUUUGUUGUUUUAUUUUCAUGUG